AUGAAUGAGCUUAACUUGCAUUUUCCUGUAUAUGUUUUUCAAACCUCGUAUGGGAAACAUCUUUGUCAAAGUGUUUAUUCAAAAAGAAAAAGACUAAUUUUGAACAUUGAUGAAGCAGACCUAUUGUCUAUUUUAGACCACCUUUCAGGUAUUUGUUGUUCAUACGAUAUCGACAUAUUCAAUUUGAUUCAAAACAACUGCUUUACUAAUAAUUUCAAAUCAGAAGAAAAAUCGGAUUUGUCAUUGAUUUGCCCCUAUUUGCAAGGUUUUUCAAAUUUAUUUCAGGAAAGACUUUUAUCAUUAGAGAAUCUGAGAAACAUUUGCUUAUAUGAGCAUUUUCAUCAAAAACAGUCCUCUGAUGGUUCUAUCACAAAUGAAAAUUUUGAGAUGAAUAUUCUGCCUCGAAAUUUUGACAGCAGGAUUGAAGAAAUCUGUGUCAAAAACGGUUCGUUUUCUGAUGCAAAUGACAUUCCAUUUCCAAUGAAUUUGGUUCCAUGCUCUAGUAAUAUGGUUUACAGUAAAGUUUUGGCAGGUACUUCAAACAUCAAUCAAAGUUUGUUUUCUACUCUACCUCUUUAUAUCAAUUUUCAACCGGGCCAGCAAAAGAAAUCUACUUUAGUUUUUGCAGCAGAUAAAAUUAUAACCCCAAUUUAUGGGUUGUUCUAUUAUGAAGUUCGAGUUGGAAAAUACUUUUUGGAACGUAAUUUUUCGGUUGGCUUUCAUAAGACUUCAGCCGAUGAUAUUAAUUCCAAAUUUACCCUUAACGAUUUUCCCGGGAUAAGUCAGUCUUCAUUUGCUAUCAACUCUUCUUUUCUUUCCUUUGAACAAACAAACCGUGCUAUAAAUAAUAGAAAAGAAACUUCUUGCCACGAUUUCUCAUUUCAACCAGAUGAUGUCAUUGGUUGUGGUAUUGAUUACUUCAAUAGUAUAAUAUUUUUCACAAAAAAUGGAAAGUUCUCUGGAGUAGCGUUUAAAUCAAUAAAUUUUCCGGUGAUUCCUGUUCUUUCUUUUUCUCGCCAAACCUCAGAACUUCAAAAAGAAUGCUCAUUUACUAUUUUUUCGGAAUUGGUUUCUGAUGGCUACUUCUUUCAAGAUUACGACCUGUGUAAUUUUCUGGAUCUAUUCACGAAUAUGAAGCGCUGUUACCCAUCGGCUGUAGUAUUGGAAAAAAAAAAUCAUCAAGAACUGCCAGAGGCUGACUAUAAUUCCGAUGUUUCUAAUAAUUUAUCUAAUAAACUUUUCAUCAAUUUUGGUUUAAAUUUUGACUUAAAUACUAGACCUGGUUCGAAGUUUGGGCAAUUUUCUCACUUUUCCAAACCGUUCAUUUAUGACAUUGAAUCAUAUUCAAACCAAGUAAAACGGAAAUGUUACUCUUUUAUUAACAUGAAAAUGAGAAACAGUCAGUUAUUCGACCCACAACCGGUUCUGUCACACAAUUUUGGUGGAGCUGCAAGUUCUGGAUCAUUAGUUAUUAACUCGCGCAUGCUUAAAGAACACAGUCUUAAAUUACUAAUGGAUAAAAUUAUUUUGAGCUACUUCAGGCAGUCUGGAUUUAUUUCUUCUCAUGAUGUUUUCAAAGAAGAAAUGGGGUCAUCUCACUCUCUAGCUUUUCUAAAUGAAAAAGCGCUUCCUAAUGCAACUCGAAACUAUUUCAGUUUGAAUUUUAAAAUCAUCAAAUCUUUCUUUCAAACAAAUAAAUUUGAUGAUCUACUAAAUUUUCUUGAAACAUAUUAUCCUACACUUUUUGGUAAAUCAACCAAAAUGGGAACUAAGCUUCCUCCAUCAAAUCAAAUGAUUAGUUCUUUCGACUUCAAUCCAGUGCAAAAUCUUAUUUUCAAAAUAAAAGCUAUCAAAUUGUUUGAAUUAUUUCGGGACUACAUCAAUCUAAAAAAUGAAAAUAAAGUAAAGCCAUCCAACACCCAAUUAAAUAAAGCGGUUUUGUAUUCUCAACAGCUAGCUUUCGAAUUUAAUGGAUCACAACAAAUUUCCCAGAUGUUAAAUCGAAUCAUCAACCUAAUUUUAUGUGACUCAAUUACACUGAUUGGGAAAAAACUAGGUGAUAUUCAUGAAGCACCAGCAUUUAGCUAUUUAUCCACUAAAACAAAAAGUGACUUUGUUCUUUUUUCCAAAUUUAACACUUUGAUUUUACAGGAUCUAAAUUUAUUUAAUUCAUUUAAACAUGAUGUUUUUAUGGAUUUAAACUCCUUUAUCUUGAAAUUUUAUGAGCACCAAGAAAGCUCAUUUUUGGAGAAAAUUAUACUUCACACUAAUACUUACUCAAACUACAUUCAACAAAACAAUUACGACCCUGUAUACUUAUUUAUCGACUCAUGGAAUGAUUUUUUUGGCAGUGAUCAUGAAGGAUAA